GCGGGGGCGGGGAGCAGAGGCGGUGGGAGGAAGCAGCCGUGGUAUUUGGAGCAAGUAUAAAUAGCUGUCCUGGACAGAGCUCGGCCAAAACAGGGGUUUGCAGCUGCGGAGGCUCUGUGGGCAGGCAUCCCGGGCCCGGAGCCGGGGGGGAGCGCCGGGGUGGGGGGGCCCUGACCUGACACCCCUCACCAUCGCCGCAUCUCCGGAUGCUACCCCAGCCAGCCAUGCUGCUGGGCGGCCUCCUCCUCGCCGCGGCCGCCGUGACUGCGGCCCAGCGGAGGGGGCAGGAGGCGGCCGGGCGCCGCCGGACGCACCGCGUCCAGCACGGCCAGUGCAGCUACACCUUCGUGCUGCCCGAGCCUGAACCCUGCCCACCCGAACCCGAGGCCUUCGGGGGCUCCAACAGCCUCCAGAGGGACUCGCCCGCUGCCGCUGCACUGAACCUAGGGGACUGGCCGGCCCAGCGAGUGCGACAGCUGGAGAAGGUGCUGGAGAACAACACACAGUGGCUGCAGAAGCUAGAAAGGUACAUCCAGAUGAACUUGAGGUCAGAGCUGGCACAGGUCCAACAGCACAUGGUCCAGAACCAGACGGCCACCAUGCUGGAGCUAGGCACCAGCCUCUUGAACCAGACCACGGCCCAGACCCGCAAGCUGACUGAUGUGGAGGCUCAGGUCCUGAACCAGACGUCGCGAAUGGAGAUCCAGCUCCUGGAGACUUCGCUGUCCACCAACAAGCUGGAGAAACAGCUGCUACUGCAGGGUCACGAGCUGCACCGGCUGCAGGGCCGCAACAACGCGCUGGAGACGAGGGUGCAGGCCCUGGAGACGCAACAGCAGGCGGAGCUGGCUUCUCUCCGCGGCGAGAAGGAGCGGCUGCGGCGGCUGCUGGGCCGCCAGAGCGGCGCCCUCGCGGGCCUGGAGCGCAGCCUGCGCGCCGCCAGCAGCAACUCGAGCCUCCUGCAGCGCCAACAGCGCCAACUGCUGGAGUCCGUGCAGCGCCUGGUGCGCGUCGUGGCCCAGGGCCCGGCCUCCGUGAGGGCAGCUGAGCAGGUGUUCCAGGACUGUGCAGAGAUCCAACGCUUCGGGGCCAACGCCAGUGGCGUCUACACCAUCCACGUGGCCAAUAUGACGGAGCCCAGGAAGGUGUUCUGUGACAUGGAGGCCAAUGGAGGCGGAUGGACUCUCAUCCAGCGCCGUGAGAAUGGCAGUGUGAAUUUCCAGCGGAACUGGAGAGAUUACAAACAGGGCUUCGGCGACCCGGCAGGGGAGCACUGGCUGGGCAAUGAGGUGAUGCACCAGCUCACCGGCCGCACAGCCUACUCCCUGCGUGUGGAGCUGCAAGACUGGGAAGGCAACGAGGCCUACGCUCAGUAUGAGCAUUUCCAGCUGGGCAGCGAGGGGCAGCUGUACAGGCUUUCUCUGAGCGGAUACAGCGGCUCAGCAGGGCGCCAGAGCAGCCUGGUCCUGCAAGGCACCAACUUCAGCACCCGUGAUGCAGACAAUGACAACUGCCUCUGCAAGUGUGCCCAGAUGCUGUCUGGAGGAUGGUGGUUUGAUGCCUGCGGCCUCUCCAAUCUCAAUGGUAUCUACUACCCGGCUCACCAUCACGUGCGCAAGCUCAACGGCAUCCGCUGGCACUACUUCCAAGGCCCCAGCUACUCGCUGCGGGCCACCCGCAUGAUGGUGCGUCCCGUGAGCGUCUAAUAAGCAGCGACACCCGGACGCUGGACCCACACGAAGAGCCGGGACUCGGUAUUCCCUGAACGAGCUGGAUCCAAACACGGGACACAGUGCCAGGGUAUGAUCCUGGACACCCGGGCCCCCCCCGGGCCAGGCCUCCUUGCCCAGGAGUCCAGAGGAUCUGCUGCCUCCCUGUUCUCCUCAAGUUGUGACAUGAUGGUGGGUGGCGGGGGGGGGGGGGGGCAUCUGACUCUAUAGUAUCCCUCUUUCCUCUUCCCUUCUGUCUCCGGCAGGGGUCCCCUGCCAGCUUGAGGGUCCCAAUACCCUGAAUGAGCGGAGAGCAAACUUAACUUAGGUCCUCAAAGAAAUAUACGAGUACAGUCCACUUCUCCCAGGCCCCAGCAUCUGAAGGCCAGACCUGGCCUCUCGGGGGCUUCAGAAGAUCUAAGGGGCAUUCCUUUACCGCCGGCAUGUCCUCGAAUAUGUUCCAGAGAGAAUAUCUCAGGCGCCCCUCAAAAAGUACCUGGGGUCAGGUGAGGGAGGGAAACACCCAGUUAAAUCAACGUGAACAGGCAUUCUUAGCUGCAGGACCUGUCAGGGCCUUUAAUGUGGUCAUAUGCCUUUUGACUGCCUAUGAAGGAGUUAGAAUGGGCAGCUUUCUCCAAAUGUCCUUAUUUGAAAACAGGCCCUGUUGAUCGCAGAGCAUCUCUCGGGGCUGCAGAUGCCCUUGGGAAAAGUUGGUCAAAUGUGACAGGAUGGGGACCCCGAGCUCCACCGCUACACCCCCGCCUGCACCCACUCUUUCUGGCUACAAGAGCCACAGCGAUGGCCCCGAACAGCCCUUAAAAACAACCGGAAGCAGCUUUGGGUCAAAGAAGACACACUCCACCCCUCAAGAAGGGUCUAGAACGAAGUUUCCGAUCUGUGCUCUGGGCCGGGGUCCUGCCAGGCUCCAUCUGGUCCUUGAAAAGCCAGAUUUCUGCCUGGAGGCUGCCCUCUCAGCACUCCCUGUCAUCCUAGCUCACCUCAGCUCACGUUCACGGGCUGUUGGGGACCGUCCACUCUGCCUCGAGCAGGACCCCAAUCUUCAGGUCCAGAUCCUUCCAGCCUCCAAGCUGAGACCCUAACCCUUUCCUCCCACCUGAUCCAACAGUGCUGCCACCCGCAGCUAGGGGGUUGCGGGAGGUGGGGGUGGGGGGCAGAGCAAGCCUUCGCCUGGGUCCGGGAGACCAGUGGCUCCUCGUGAACUUCCUUCGGAGGACAGGGUCAGAGAGGGGCCACCCACCCCCUCACUGUGUCACCUCCUCAGUUCUGACGAGGCCAUCAUAGUCCUGCCGUCUUCGGCCAACACCCAGGCCAGCCCAGACCAACCUGCUCUUCCCUUAAGGGUAUGCUCUGUCUUCAGAAGGUCUUCUGCUGGAUGGGGCUGGGGUGGUGGAAAACCCACCUUGUCCCCCUGCCCUUGGGUCCCCGCUCAGCCGAGCCCCUGAGCAAACCCCGCGCAGAUGCAAGCUCAUCUCUUUAGAAACAACAAAGGAUAUGGUUGCCAAUGGGGGCAUUUCAGGCGAGGGUGGGGAAGGACAGCGGGCAGGGUGCUGCUCAGAAGCCUCACGUGGCCUUACACCGCAUUUGCUCGGUAGGCCUUUGUUUAACAUCCGCUGUGGGCAGGGCUCUGGAGUGGGAGGGACCUGCUCCAGCUCUUGGACUUGAGGCCAGUGGCUCAGCCUCUCGAGGCCUCGGUUAUCUUGUCUGUGAAACGGAGAUGAAGCUCCCUCCUGGCUGGGCUGUGGCAAGGAGGCGAUGAAAGGAUGUACGUCAACUUUGUAACAGAGCCUGGCACGAGCAGGUGCCUAAUAAACGUUAGUUCCCAGAGAGGUAAACGGGGUGAGGAAAUCCACCCCUAGGGCGGGCCCCCGCUCCUUCUGGGCCCAGGCAAGGUGAGCAUGUGUUCCUGAAUCCAUGGCAUUUAUUUGUGUACUGCUGAGCUUAGCGGCUAGGUGUGCUGGAGACGGGGUGGAGGCAAAGCUGUGAGCCCCACGGACAGACUCUGGGGUGGUGAAGGCCCACAUCGCCGUCUACACUCGCUUUCUGAAAAAGGCCAGGCUGAUUUAGGUUACCCUCAGAUACCUGUUCUUAAAUAGUCAUGCUUCCUUCCUACCUUCCUCCCUCCUCCAUGCCAGGACUCUCCAGGACAAGGGAUAGAAAGCUUAUCCUAAGGAAGGGAUUGACUCUCAUACCGGGAAGUCUAGGGAUGGAUUCAGGCAGGGCUAGAUCUAGGAGCUCAAAUGAUGUCUCUUCACCGUUCAGUCCUGCACCUGCCACGUUGACUUUACUCUCAGUCAGGUUUUCUCCUGACAGGUGGCUCCAGCAGCCCUGGGCUGGUGGCCUCCCAGCUGAGCAUCCCUAAGACAGUUUCCCUGUCCCCGUGAUUCCAGCAAGGGCAUGAUUUUCUCCAGCCAGGACUGGUCCUUUAGUGCCCAUCUUUGUACUUAUCACUGUGAGUCUGAUUGACCAGACCUGGGGCACCCAAUCAGGCCUGGAACCAGGGCUGGGGUCAGUGCCACCCAAGUCAUGUGGACUAGCAGUUUCCAGGCACUGUUUCCGGAAGCAGCGAUGCUGGACAGGCUAGAACCAGCGAUCACUUUUCCACCAUCCAUCUCUCUGACUCCCAUUUCCCUUCUCUCCAUCUCUGCCUCCCUCCUGGCCCCCCUCCCCCCAACGCCUGGUCCCAGGCUCCAUCUCAUCCCCGGGUUGGCCCAGGACACAGCUGUGUCCCGCCCGGGGUUGUCAGACCCUGGUUCGCUGUCCCGGCUGUGUCCCUGGAGCAGAGUCUCUGGCCCUCUCUGAGCCUCUGUUUCCCAUUUGUACAAUAAGGACAGAGGACCUGCCGACCUCUAGAAGUCCCCUGACAGCAAUGCUGACCCACAGUGUCCUGUCCUGCAGACGGGACCAAUGGAAGGACACUGGGCAGCCCAAGGGCCCUAUGGGGGCAUGGCUGGUGUGGCCCUGGCCCUGGCUGGAUCUCCUGGGGGCCACCACCCAUAGGAACUGGCUUCGGGGAUACCUGAAUCUGCAUUCAUAGGGCCCUUGAAUUCAGAUUCUGAGCCUAUGCAGAAUCAUAUCCAGAAUCACCUCUUCCUAUAUCAGAUCGGCAUUCUCCCCAUCUUAGUCAUGAGUAAAUUAGAGCCCAGAGAGGGAAAGGAUUUCAUCCAAGGUGGCACAGCCAAUCACCACCUCCAGUGCACCUUCCAUCUAUGAGCUGCCUCCCUCAUCCAGGCCUCUCUGAGGCAUCCUGACACCAACCACAAAACUGCUGGGGGAGUGUCCCCUCCACUUAUGUCAAGCACCAAAGGAACUUUCUGGAAAGCUCUCCAAGACAAGAGCUUUUAUCACUGAUACCUGAUAGGUCCCGGUGGAGCCAGACAGGCAGAUUGCAUUGUUCCCAAGAUCUCUGCAUGUCCCCGGCGAAAGCAGUUUCCACGCUGAGGGAGAGAGUUGACUGGGCACCCCAGAGAUGACAGCCAUGGCCGAGGUAAAAGGUGGCCCUUUGCAGGGAGGAAGGGAACAGCUAGCAUCAGGAUGGCUUGUCUUGGUGGCUGGGGGGACUGACCCCAUCUCCCAGAUCCCCACCCCCACCCCCCACCCCGGUGUCUGUGUGAGUCUUCACCUCUUGCAUUUAAAGAUGCUUCAGAAAGCUAACGGCAUUGCGUUGGCAACAACGGCAUGGGCAUCUUUUGAUGGAGCAGUGCUUUGGAGAAUGGAGUCUGGUCCAGGCCACGUCCAGGAUAAAUGUGUCACUUCCCUGUGUUAGAUUCACAAGGAGUUGCUCGACUGAGGUUCUCGUGGGUCCUGAGGUCAGGGAUGUCCAAUGGCUUUUAGCAUCGGACACAUUCCUGCCUUACCCCGUGAGAUCUCCUGGAGCCUCCCUUUCUCCCAUCUGCACAGUGGGGAGAGUGGAGUCGGGUACACAGGGAAAUCGUGCAAAUUCCAUGUGAUGGUGGACACUCAGGCCUGGAACAUUCGCUCACGUAUUUAUCCAUUCAUGUAUAGAUUCAUUUAUGCACACAGUGUGUAUGGGUCAAGGCCAGGCUGCGUGAUGGGGGUGGACCAAACAAGACGGUCAUGUGCUCACAGAACUGAACAGCCUAGAGAGAGAGACGGGCCCAAACCCAAAUUUUUUUUUUUUAGUUUGUAAAACUAAAUUGACAAUAGAUGGCAAGUAAAGAAAAUAAACAGGAGGCAGAAACAGAUCUCAGAGGGUCCAGCUUCCGGCGAUCAGGGAAAGCCCUCUCUGAAGAGGUAGUGCCUAAAGUGGGGACUAACUAACACAGUGAGAAAGAGGCAGCCAGGGAACGGUAAGUUCACUAGGGGGAACAGUCAUUGCAAAGACCCUGAGGUGACCAUGAGGAACUGCAAGGGAGCCAGGGUGGCUGAGACCACAGUGAGCAAAGGGGAGCGGGGUGGGGCUGAGUUCCCCCCCGCCCGGCACUUACAUCAGAGAUCACUCCUCCCCACAGUGCCCACCAAGGACUGAACCCAGCCACCACUCUGCCUGAGUCUCUGUGGAGCUGGGGCAAAUUCCUGCCUCUCUCUAGACCUCAGUUUCCCAGUCUGUGAAAUACAGGAGCGGGAUCACCUCUGUCUGAAAGUCACCCAGACCCAGUUAUUGUAUAAAUCUGAGUCAAGGGUCUGGUUGUGUCCACUGCCCUGCACGGGGUGCCAGUGGGGGAGUCAGAAGAAGGAAGAGAAAAUAAGGGACUUGCCCUCAGGCUAGAUGGGAACUUGGGAGUGUCUCCCACACAGGGUCAACCAGGGGGAGCUUGGGUGGGAGCACAGGGCGCUGACUGCCUGCCUCCCCCAUGCUGGUUUUACCUGCACCAUCUCUGAAUCCUGGUGGGUUCUGGUAUUACCCCAUUUUACAGAUGUGGAAACAGAGACCCAUGGAAGUAAAAUGCCUCGCCUAUGGUCAUACGGUGACUUAGGGUACAAGCCAGGCUGAUGUAGCAAAAAGACCCCAAAAUUCAGUGAGUUAAAUAUUUUUCCUCCCUGUGAGUCGAGCUGAUCAGUCCGUGGCCGGGGAUCAGCUCUGCCAACCUCAACCACAGCUUCCGUCUCAGGCCAGGGGAGCUUCACCCAAAGGUGCAGGGAGGGAAACCAUCUGUGCAGCAUCGCUUCCCCUCCAGAACCUCCCCCUCUCACCCCAGACUUCUCUUUUGCUCAGAAUAUCCCAGCGGUCUCCCUAUAGGGCUCCAUCUCCGGGUUUGCUUCCUCCUGGCCUACAGUCAUGCCAUUUCCCCUGCCUGAAACCUUCGGUAGCUCCCCAGUACCCUGUGCUCACGGCUGGUCACCACCUAACUCAGUCCUUCUCCAGCUCCGCCUCUGCUCUGUUCUUAGGCAUUCGGAGGCUUUGGGCCUGAUGAAUUCCUUCUGAGCAAAGGGUCUCAGGUGGCCAUCAGUCUUCCUGGAGGAAUCGCCCAUGUCCAGUGGACUUUUACGUCCCUCUGGCCUGGAACUCAGGGCCCAGCUUGUGGUGGCUACUCUCUAUAAGUCACAUAGCGUAUUGGUUCAGCCCUCUGGUUCUGCAGAGAGCCGGGCCCUUCUGCUCCUUACAAGGACAAUGUAAGAGCCUCCAAAGUCCCUGUGAGGGCCUAGUACGUUGCAAGGCACCUAGGACAGAGCCUGUCCAUGGUAAGCUGUCUGUGAUGUUGUCUCCGAUUAUUUCCCUAUACCAGGCCCCUUAGAUUAUCCAAAGAAGCCCCUUAAUGACCUUAUGGGUCAUUAAGUACCAAUAGAUAUCAUUAUCAUCUCUCCCUUUUCCAAACUGGGGAACGGAGACCCGGGAAGUAAAGUCACUUGGCCAAAGUCACACAGUAAGAUUUUACAGAGGUGGCUUUGGACCCAGAUCACCUGCCCCACAACGUGCUUUACCUGGAUCUUAUGGUCCCUGUGACCAAGGUUAAAGGAAAAUUCAUAAAUACAUAAGCAGUUGCCAAGCUGAAGCCAGCCGGUGCUUGAAUCCGACACAGGACAAUAAAGGCCCACCGUCCCUACUCGACCCCCUCCAGGGCCGGGACAGGACCUUCCUUCCUGCUUCUGACUUCCCAACUCCAUGUCCUGGCUUCUGAACACUUGGCCACAGGCCCACCGCCCCCAAAUCUUUUCUGAGUAGGACUUCGCUUUCUUCCUUGUCAACCUCCCUGGCCUCCCCACUGUGGCCUGGGCAGGGGAGGGACAGGGACAGGCCACUUUAAUAUGAGCAGCCCGGAAGCCUCCUGGCGGGCUGAGGCCUCUUCCCUCCACCUUCACCUGCCCCUUGGUGUCUGGGAGAGGUGUCAGGACCACAUCCGCUCAGGUCUGUCUGUGUCCACAAAUCAGAAGACUUGUCCUCUCUGGACCUCACUCUCCUCAACCAUAAAAUGGGAAUGAGCCUCCCGGCCCUGCUUGCUUCACAAAGUUGCCAUAAGAUUCAAGUAAGAUGGUCCCUUCCCUCAACAAGUAUUUAGUAACUACUAUGUGCCAGGCACUGGGAACACGGCCAUGAACAAGACAGAACGACACUUGCUCUAAGGUGCUUAUAGUCUGGGGUGGGUGGAAAGAGACAGAAAUUCAAUAAAAAUUAACCAAACAACCUAAAGUACAAUGAAUGUGGGUUGCAACGACACCAACUAGUUGGGGAAGGCAUCCUUAUAGGACGAGGAGGAGUUAGGUGAAGAAAAAGAAGAAGAAGGUUCCAGGCAGAGGCAACAGCACAUGCAAAGGCCCUGGGGGUGGCCCAGGGGAAAGCUCCAGAGCAUUCAGGAAGGGGAAGAAGCCAGAGGUCUGGUAGGGACUGAGGUAGGCGGGCCCUUGAGGGCCAGACAGAGACAACGAGGACACAGAAGAUAAUGGUCUAAACAGCAGGAAGCCAGUGCCGUGGAGUAACUCAGAGCUCAUAGGCUUCCCCAUCCUCCAAUGUGAGUGUUAACCUUAAGUGAGCUGUUUCCCCUCUCAGAACCUGGGUCUUCCCUCCCAAGGAGAUUGGGAUCGCGAUACCUAUCUUGCAAGGCGUUUGAAGUUCAGAGAAAAUCUAUGUCCCGUACGUGAAAGAUCUGUCCCUACACAAAAGACUACUCCACAAAGGACGUCCACGAUUAUUCGCAAUGCAGCCUAUGGCAUUUACACGUUUUCCCAUUAUUUCUUGAACACUUGUCACUGCUGCAGCUUGACAGCAGACAAGUGGAGGUGGACCCCAAAGGUUGGGGUUAACUGACAGAAGCCAAGCCAUGCAUUUGGUCUUUUCUUACUGUUUGAGAAAGGCCCCCAGGGCUACACAGGAACCUAGUCUGAGAACAAUAGCCCAAGAGAAAGGCCAAGGAGCAUCUAACGAACCUGACAUCCGUGCAACAGGUUCUGUUGACUAGCACAGAGGUCAAGCAGUAGAGAACAUGUUAGCCCCCAACUGGAAAGGACAGGAGAAGAAUGGGUGAAGAGGGGUGAAUUCAUAUGUGGAAGGGAGGAUUCCCUGGGAAGGGGCACCAGGGCAGCUUUCAGGGGACUAGGACUGUUUUCUUGACCCACGUGAGGGUUAGUUUGUGAGAAUGCAUCAGGCUGUACCUUGCUGGGUGCAUUUUUUCUCUCUGUGUGCUUCUCUACGUACAUAGGUGUGUCAGGGAGGGGAGAUUUUACAUGUACAAAUGCGCUGUAAAUCCAGAGCUAUGUGGGGGGAAAAUAAGAGUUUAGAGAGAAAUUUGGCGGAAGCUAACAGAAUUACAUACGCAGUCGCCCUUCGACACAGGAAUCUUUCCUUUCUACGAAUCUGUCCUGAAUAUACGUAAUACAUGUACAAAGUUAUUCACUGAAGCUUCAUUUGUAAGAACAAAAAGAUGGGAAAAAACCCAAAUGAAUAAAGCUGUGGCACAGUUAUUUCUGCAUAUCAAACUACCCCCAAUCUCAGUGACAGAAAAACGACAGCCAUGGACUUCACGGCUGGCUGGACCAUCCACCCGGGCCCUUUCCAUAUGGCUCGGGCUUCCUCACAACAUGGCGGCUGGAUUCUGAGAGGAAGCAUCCUGACGGCAAGCAUUCCAAACAGGACCAGGAAUACGAUUUGCAGGGUGCAGUGCAAAAUGAAAACGUGGAGCCCUCGCUCAAAAAUUAGGAAAAUGUAGGGGCACCUGGGUGGCUCAGUCGGUUGAGCGUCCGACUUUGGCUCAGGUCAUGAUCUCACAGCUCAUGAGUUCGAGCCCCGCGUCAGGCUCUGUGCUGACAGCUCAGAGCCUGGAGCCUGCUUCUGCUUCUGUGUCUCCCUCUCUCUCUGCCCCUAACCCACUCACAUUCUGUCUCUGUGUCUCUCGAAAAUAAAUAAACAUU